AUGGCGCCCCGUGAGGAACUGGUGACGUCGGCAGUCAACUUCCUCCGCGAUGCGUCAGUGGCCUCAUCACCAGUCGAGAAGCGCAUUGAGUUCUUGAAGUCCAAGAACUUGACACAAGAGGAGAUCGACGUCUCACUAGCACGCGCCGCCGAGGACCCGUCACAGCCACAGACAACACAGAACCCAUACUAUCCCCCACCCGCCCAAUACAGUCGCGGUCCGCCGCAGGGCCAGUACCAACGCGACUGGCGAGACUGGUUCAUCAUGGCCACAGUCGUCGGCGGCGCCAGCUACGGUCUCUGGAUGCUGGCCGAACGCUACGUGAAACCACUGAUCGCCCCUCCCACACCACCCCAACUCGAACAAGACAAGGCCGCCAUCGACGAGCAGUUCAACAAAACCUUCGCUCUACUCGACACGCUAUCCACAGAUACCGAGACCCUGAAGAAAGCGGAAGAAGAACGCACACAGCGCCUCGACAGCGCUAUCGCAGACAUCGAGUCGAUCAUAUCUGAACUCAAGACCGCAAAUACCAAGCGUGAAGACGAUGCACGACGGAUGGAAUCGGAGAUCAAGAACAUGAAAGACAGCUUGCCGCGGUCGAUCGACAACGUACGGGACGCCAGCGACCGCCAAUUGAAAGAGCUGAGCGGCGAGCUAGCCAGCCUGAAGCAGCUGAUGAGCAAUCGUAUAGGCGGUCAAGGGCCUGGCGGCAUGGCUGGUAUCCCUAAGACUCAGCCCGCGAACAUCUCGAGCAUUACUUCGAGCAGCGGAGCAGGAGCGGGAACGCCUACCGCAGAGACAGCGCCUGGAAGCAGCACCAACGUGACAGGAGUGAAUGCUCCCGGAAAGGCGCCCAGCUUUGCUAUGCCUACAGCGCCCUCCUCGUCCACAAAUCCCACCCCGCAACAGACGCAACAACCCCAAAGGCCCGCCUCAUCCACUUCAUUCUCCUCGUCCGGCAAGGCAGCAAUCCCAGCCUGGCAAAUGGCUGCCCAAAACAAGCAAAACGCGAACCAGAACUUCAACAUUGCUCCCACGCCAGGCGCACCCAAUCCACCACAGGGCCCGCCCCAAGACGGUGCAGACGCCGUUGCGGCAUUGACCUCCACCUAG